ACCAUCUGUGAAGCAGGGACAUGAGCAUCUUCUUCGAAAACAAUCCUCGAUUCCGGUUUUAAAAUUUUAUGUGUGCUUGUUUUUACCGUUGUAUUCGUGAGCCGAGGCAUGAUUUCGUGUCCAAUUACAGUGCUUAACUGAAAAAACUGAUGAGUUGUUGUUGAAAGACCGGAAGUUUCCGCCAAUUUCGAUCAAAGUGAUGGCCGCGUCCAUUCUCCGAAGGAAAAUCCUUUUUCAGAGCGCCGCACGCUUUUACCAGCGCAGAAACUACGGCUACUAUGUCUUAUUGCCGGAGACGAAAUCCGAGCUGCCGGAAAAACACGUCUUGACCAGGGCGGAUGAAACUUUUCCGUCCUUCGACAAUGUCGUCGGUGACCAGUGCGUGGAAUCUUUUGGAAAAAUCGUCUUAGAAUACGAAACUGGUUUUUGGAAACUGGAGGAAGGCUUGAAAUCCGUCGGUGAAGAAAUCAAGUACGAGGAUGUGGUGGACAAACUCGAUGAGUUGUCCUUGCCCUUGGACGCUGCGUGGGGCGUCCUGAAGACCUUUGCCCUGGUCAACAGCAACUUCGUCAGUGCUGAAAAUUAUUCGCAAGUGCACGACCGAGCGAGAAAUGCAAAAUCCAAAAGGUUGCACAGCAAACCAAUUUACGAAGCUUUUAAAAAAAUUCAAGAGACAGGGAAAUUCAACGAAGAGGAAACAAGGACUGUGAAGAAGUUUGUCCUGGAAGGGCGAUUGAACGGACUCGACCUGGCUCCGAAAGAAUUUCAGUACUACAGCAACAUUAUCAGACAAAUUGGACAAGAAAGGGGCAGUUUUUUCAGCAAAACACGAGCGGCAACUGAGGCGUUCCGUCAAAUAAUUGGGGAUUCGAGCAUGACUCGAGAUUUCCCCCGAAGCCUGUUGGCCGCCACUGCACAAGACCCGUCCAAGCCAGGCCAAGGCCCUUGGACAAUCACCCUGAAAAACGCGGUGGCCAACCCUUUCAUGCAGUACUGCCCGAUGCGCGAACUGCGGUGGAAUGUGUGGCAGGCGAGUGUCCGUCGGUGUUCCAAUGAGGGAGACCGAGAGCUCAACAACAGUGUCCACAUCGAGCAGCUGCGGUCUCUGCGCAAGGACCAGUCCAAACUUCUUGGCUUUGAUUCGUUCGCUGCCAUGUCCAUGGAGACUAAAAUGGCUGGAAAGUUGGACACGGUCAGAGCAAUGAUUGCAACACUUCUACUCAAAGCUAAACCUGCGCAAGAAGCUGAGCUUGUGAAUCUGCUCCAUUUUGCACAAGAGAGAGGUUUUGAAGGAGAUCUAAUGCCAUGGGACAUUUCCUACUGGAAACGAAAACAGCAGAGAUCGAUUUUCAAAAUGACUGAAGAGGAGAUGCAGCUGUACUUCCCACUGGAUCAUGUUUUGAGUUGCAUGUUCAGACUGGCGGAAAAGCUUUUCCAACUCGAAAUUGUGAAAGACUCGCACGCAAGCACUUGGGACACGACCACGGAAUUCUACCAAGUCAGAAACGCCGACGGCAGACUCUGUGGAGGAUUUUAUUUUGAUCCAUAUCUUAGGCCGGAAACUAAAGCCAAAUCGUCGAUUGGUUGGAUGCUGAAUGUUCGGAGUCGGAACUUGGCCGUGGCCGAUGGAGGUCUUCCCUUGGCAGCCCUAGUUUUCAACUUCCAGCCCCCCAACAUAGAAUCCGAUACUCCAACUUGUCUCACCUACCCAGAAAUCAAAGAACUCUUUUCCAAAUUCGGCCACAUGUUGCAACACGUACUGGCUUCGGCGAAUUGUUCCGAGGUUGCUGGACUGACAAAUUUGGAGUGGGACGCUGUCAACAUUAGCAGUGAGCUCAUGGCCCUGUGGUUGACAGACCCGAAUUUCUUGCAAUCACUCAGUCACCACCACGUAACUGGAGAGCAACUUUCUGAGGACACAAUCCUGUCUCUGUCAAAAUCAAACCGCAUUUUGGCUGGUCACGAGCUAUGCAGGGAACUUUAUCUCUCCACACUGGACAUGGAUUUGCAUUCUUCAGAGGACUUUUGGCUGGACAUUGUCAAAAGAAUCUACCCCCAGUACAUGCCGUUCCAACUGGACAAACGAGACGCCCAUCCUUGCUCAUUCACUCCCAUUUUCUCUGGAGACUGGGCAGCGGCUUAUUACUCAGGGGUGUGGGGCCGAAUGGUCGCCGCUGAUGCCUACACGGCUUUCAAAGAUUCCUCAGAAGAUGUUGAAGAAGUUGGAAAAAGGUUUAGACAAAGCAUUCUUGAACCUGGUGGUGCCGUUCAGCCUGCAGUUGCCUUUAGAAGGUUCCGAGGCCGUGAUCCGUCGCCGAAUGCCCUUCUCAACAGCUUGGGCUUGAAAGUGGCGAAACCGGUGGUGAAACCAACACAAAAUGUUGUAGAUAAGUAAAAUGUAAUUAUAUAUAUAUGAAA